AAAAGUUUCUAAGAUUCCAUUUAUAAAGAGAGAAAUAGAGAGACACUACAAUAAAGUUUCCAACUUUUUUUCUGGCAGUAUCUAAAGUUUCAAACUUUGUUUCGUGUUAUAAAGCAGCGAUGAUUAGUCAUUAGCGUCGGUAGCAGUGGAAGUUAUUUACUUUUGAAAAACUAACGUAUCCAAUCCAUCGUCGUUAAAAAUUGAUUAUUGAUCCAAAUGGGUCAAAUACCAGAACAAAUUGAUCAUCAACUUCACACUGAUGAUGAACAAGAAUCAGAGGAAGAAAAACAAGAACCAUCAUCAAACGCACAGAAAUGGAAAAAUCACUACUCAUCAAAGCAUAAAAUACUCUUUGUUGGAGAGGGUGAUUUCUCUUUCUCUCUUUGUUUAGCUAGAGCUUUUGGUUCUGCACACAACCUGGUCGCAACUUCCCUUGAUUCUCAGGAGAAAAUUGAAAAGAAGUAUAGUAAUGGAGUUAGUAAUGCAAGGGAACUUGAAGAAAGGGGUUGUAUUGUUCUUUAUGAGGUUGAUGUUAAGGUUAUGAGUCAGCAUUUCUUUCUCAAGACUCAGAGGUUUGAUCGCAUUGUUUAUAAUUUCCCUCAUGUUGGCUUCCUUUACCCUGAGAAUAGCUACUGCCAGAUUCAGUUGAACAAAAAGUUGUUGAAGGGAUUUAUGGCAAAUGCAAAAGCACUAUUAAAGAAAGAUGGAGGAGAGAUACAUGUAACUCACAAAGAAGGUGAUCCAUACAACAAAUGGGAUCUUGUAAGGAAAGCAGAAAAGAGAGGGCUGUUGUUGCACCAAGCUGUUCCAUUUUUCAAAGAUGACUAUCAUGGUUAUGACAACAAGAGAGCUCAUGGAAAGUUAUCAGACUUAUCUUUCCCAGUUGGGGAGGCUAAUACUUACAAGUUCAAGCUCCAAACAUUCCCAACAAAAUCAGAACACUUCUAAUAGAGAAAAGUGUUUCAGAAUAGAAAAGCAAAAACUAGAAAUCAUUUUGCCUGUGUGAGUGAGUAUCAAGUCAACUUAAAAUUGAUAAUUUGUAUCUGUCUGUGAAUAUGGUUAUGUUUAUCAAGUUUCAAGCUAAAAAUACAGUCAUUGUUAGCUUUUGGACUGAUAGUACAGUCAAUGUAUGAUUCCCUAUUUAUCUCUA